AUGAAGAGGGAACGAAAGGAGGAACAACAUUCUCUUCAAACUGAGUGCUAUCAAAAAUGGACUCAGUUUGUUGAGGAUAAUGAUUUUGGGGAGGUAUCUCCCUUCAUAAACAUAACAGACAUCUUAUCUUCUCGACUUCCACGCACUGUUGAAGGGGCUUCUGCUAUUAUCUCGACAUCAUAUUUAUUCUUCGUCAAGAAUCUCCCUAAGGGGGAUAAGAUGGAAGUGGUCUAUGAGCUUGCUCAUAGCGUGUUCAAAGUUGCUUCUAUUUUUUUCUCUUGCCUCAACUAG